CACUGGUUCAGUCACUAGACGUGGUUUUUGUUAUUUCAGGGGAAUUGCAUUGAAUAAACAGGAAAUGAAAUACAGGGACGUCUCUGCUGACACAUCAGGCUGAUGAUAUGCUGUUAAAAUGUUCAGAAAAAAAAGUCUUUUAGCAACUUCUAUUAAAAGCAUAGCCAUUUCAACAACGCUGAACCGCGAGAUGUCCGGACUUUCCCGAGCGCUUUGUUCAAAUUCCAUGCGACCGAUUUUCAUCGCGCUUUCUGGUUUGCUGGUGGCCAGUUCAGUAUCUGCUGAUCCAGUCGUGAAUGGGAUUGUUGGAGAGUCUGUUGUCUUGCCCGCUGGUUUGUCCCCACAGGAUAACCCAAGUGAACUUGAAUGGAGAUUGGGCAAAGAUACCAUUGCUGAUAAAGAUAAUAGUGAGGUAACAACUGACCAGUUCAGACAUAGGGUGCAUCUGAACAGAACAGACUGGUCUUUAACAAUCAAUCUGCUCAGAGCUGAAGACAGUGGAGAAUAUAAUUGUGUUGCCACGGCAGCUUCUGGACGUCAGCUCCCAACACACGCUGUUACUCUUCAUGUUUAUGAAAAGAUCGAGUCAAAGGUGACGAGGAAACCAUUGAAUGAAACCUGCCGUGCCACGCUGCUCUGCACCACGAACCAACGAGAACACGUCUCCUACCGCUGGAAGAGAGGGGACCAGGAUUUACCUGAACAUGCUGGGAUACUGGAGGUGUCCUUGAACCCUGGAGAGAUUAAUGUUACCUUCACCUGCAUCGCUUCUAAUCCAGUCAGCGAGGCAACAGCGUCUAUCCGGGAGAGCUGUGCAGAGCCCCCGGGGGGUGUUUCGUUCUGUGUGUUGAAGUCGGUCCUUCUCUCCCUGGGUCUGGUUCUGAUGAUCUCUGCUGUGAUCGGAGUCCAUGUGAGGGAUUGCACGCAUACAAAAAGAAAUGUGCGGCGGCAUCGAGCAGCAUGUGAGACUUAGAGGAAGCAGAGACCGGUUUAGCCUCCUGCACUGAGAAAGGACUGCAGACCCGCAGAGCGGCUGAAUGCAAAUCUACAAUGAGAAAGGACUGCAGACCCGCAGAGCGACUGAAUGCAAUCCUGCACUGAGAAAGGACUGCAGACCCGCAGAGCGACUGAAUUUGAUUUCCUUAAAAUUUUCCAUAUAUAUAUAUAUAUCAGUGUGGAGUCGUGGUUAGGGCUCUGGACUCUUGACCGGAGGGUCGUGGGUUCAAUCCCAGGUGGGGGACACUGCUGCUGUACCCUUGAGCAAGGUACUUUACCUAGAUUGCUCCAGUGAAAACCCAACUGUAUAAAUGGGUAACUGUAUGUAAAAAUAAUGUAUUUGUAUGUAGAAAUAAUGUGAUAUCUUGUUACAAUUGUAAGUCGCCCUGGAUAAGGGCGUCUGCUAAGA